AAGGGGAAGGUGAAGGAGGCUGCACAGCGUUAUCAGUACGCUCUCAAAAAGUUUCCACGCGAAGGCUUCAGCGAGGACCUUAAGACAUUCAGGGAACUCAAAGUAUCGCUCUUCCUCAACCUGUCCCGAUGUCGAAGGAAAAUGAACGACUUUGGGAUGGCUGAGGAAUUUGCUACUAAAGCGCUCGAACUGAAACCAAAAUCUUAUGAGGCAUACUACGCCAGGGCACGCGCCAAGCGUAGCAGCAGACAAUUUCCUGAAGCCUUAGAGGACCUGAAUGAAGCCAUAAAGCAGUGCCCCAAUAACAGAGAAAUCCAGCGGCUGCUCCAGAGGGUGGAAGAGGAAUGCCACCAACUUAACCAGGAGGAGCACCAGCAGCAGGACCUGGAGCUGGAGCCUCCUCCCUCACCCCCUCCUACACCUCCCCCAGAAGAGGAGGAGUCCCUGUCUCUGUCCAUGCCUCUCCCCCCUCCACCAGAGCCCCGUCUGGAAGACAUGGAGCCCGUACAGGACUUGUUUGAGGAUGAGGACUACCUGGAGCAGGAGCUGGAAGCUAUGUCGAUGGGUCUGCCCCCACCUGAGUCCCUCUCAAAUCCCUCCAGCCUUCCUAUAAUUCAGAGUCCACCCCUCUCCCCCACACAUCCAGAUCAGAUUUACUUGGCUGGAGGCUCACCCAUGGGCCAGCCCUAUGAAUACCACCCCACCUCUUCCUCCAUGUCCUCCCCAACUCGGGGCUCCUACCAGCCCACGUCACCCUCCCUCUCUCCAACACAUCAGAACUCCCAUUACAGACACAGUCCCCCUCACACCUCCCCAGUACACCAGCCAUCCUACCGCUUCAGCCCACCUCCUAUGGGUACCGGGGGUCAGGGGAUGGAUCACCAGAGCCCACCGCCUUCCCCUUUACGUCGGGCUGCUCAGUAUAGAGCCAGUCCACCGUUAGAAAGUGUUUGUCUGUACAGGUCUCAGUCUGGGUCACCUGUGCGCUAUCAGACAGAGCAGCUUCCUGGAAGACCCAAAUCUCCCCUCUCCAAGAUGAGCAGCCAACGUUCUUUCCAGCUGAGUUCGCAGCCCUCUUUAUCCUCACAACACCACCAAGCCCAAGGCCUCCGUCUGCAGCCUUCCAUAGCCCAAAUAGUCCGCACAAACCAGCCCAGCAACGUAAUGGGAAAUAGUAGUUAUGGUGGCCAGAUGGGCCACUCCAUGGGUGGUCGCUAUCAAGGGGGUUCAGUGGAUGUAGAGAGCCGCUUGGUGUACCAACCCUCACUGGAUGGACGGUCAAUGUCCCAAGUCCAGGCCAGCCUCAGUUCUGGGGCCCUCUGUCAGCACGGCGGCCGAGGAGGGGUUAUGGAGUCGAGCCUGUUGAAGGAUGAGCUACCCCAGCGCCCCUCCUCUGCCUACCGCGCCAGCAGUGGGGGCCCAGGGGGCAUCCGUUACAGCCAGACACCUCAGAUAAGCCGCAGCCAGUCAGCCGCCUACUACCCAGUCUCUGAACACGUUCUUGAGCGUGCCAAUGCUAUGCCCCCCUGCCAGCUGGGCUCUCCCGAGAUCCCCCAUAUGGUUAGACGCCCUGUGAGUGCCAAUACUACUGAAAUGAAGCAGCAUGUGCCCACCCCUAGGCCUCUCAUCCAUUCUCAGAGUGUAGGCCUUCGAUUCUCACCUUCCAGCAACAACAUCUCAACUGGAUCCACCUCGAAUUUAGCCCCGGGUUUCAGGCCUUCCUCUUCCAUUCAGCAGAUGGAGAUUCCCUUACAAGCCACAUACGAGCGCACCUGUGAUGACAUCUCUCCCAUCUCUCCCUCCCAGGGUGGUGGGGGGUUGUAUCAGGGAGAGACCACUCGCUCCCGCAAUACGCCUUUUAUGGGGAUCAUAGACAAGACGGCUCGGACUCAGCAGUACCUGCAUCAGCCCUCACGGUCCAGGGCAAUGACAUCUAUGGACUCUGCCAUCAGCCCCACCUCCCCCGGUCAGCUGGUCCAGCAAGGUUCCACCUACAGUCCCCCCGCCUCACUGGGUAAUAUCGCAUACUACAACAAGACCAACAACGCCCAAAACGGACACCUGUUAGAAGAGGAUUACUACUCCCAGACUCAGCCCCCCUCUCUGGGAAAGCUGGCCAAUGGCUCCCGUGGCAGUGGGGACAUCCUGGAACGGGUCAGCCAGGUGCCCACCUACCCAGACGUGAAGGUGGCGAGGACUCUGCCCGUGGCACAGGCCUACCAGGACAACAUGUACCGACAGCUCUCGCGUGACUCCCGGACCCAAGGCCCCACCUCCCCCAUCAAACCAAAGAGACCAUUUGUGGAGUCGAAUGUGUGAUGGCCUGUCUGUGAUUGGAUGGUUGGACUGGGCUUGUUAGUGGAACUGAGAGAGUAAAAAAUAUUUAGCUCGACAGAAGAUGUGACGGGGUGUGUGUGUGUCAUGGACGAACUCAUCUCAACGAACUCACUAGAGAAAGAAAACCACAAAGCCAACAAACACACUUUAGGGUAUUAGACAUUAUCUUAUAUGAAAAACAUAACGGUGAGAAGUGAUUCUUUCAAUAUCAUAAUCUGCAAACAGGUAGGAUAACAGGAGGAUCGCAAGUUGUAAUCUAAAUCAGAGACCAGUUCACUUCCAACACGUGGCACAUUGUCCCCACGUGUGACCACAUCAGGUGGGACUCCAAGAGUGAAAGUACUACCCAUCGGACUCUACUUGUGGACUCUGUAUCCAUCUUCUGUUCUUUCAAAGUGUGCUCUUAACCAAGGUUGCUAGUAGGCUCUAUUCUAUGUAAUACAAUAUUAUAUGUUCAAUACUGUACAUUGCUCAGAAAAUACAAAUGGCUCAACAACUCAGUACUUAGAGAAAAAUGACAAUAUUUAUAAUUAAGUUAUAUAUUGUACAUAAAAAGAAAACAAAACAUAGUUUGCAUUUUGACUUUUAUUCUGUUAACCCUGCCUCUGUGUCACACUGCAAGUCAUACGGAUGUGGAAAACCGACCGGUGGACAAGGGACACAGACAAACUUUGACUGAUGAAGUUACCUCUGUUGUGUCAAAAUAAAAAGAAUUUUGCUAUAAUAUAAUGCAAGCGAAUGUGUCAACCUGCAGAUUAUUUUUUGAUAGAUUAGUUAGAAAAUGAUAAAGUUGUCAUUCCCACUUCCCCAGCAACAUCUUCACAACAUAUUUUGCUCUAUCGGCAAACCAAAAGAGUUUAAGGAGAAAGCAGAAGAGCAACAAAUCUUCACCCUCUUUUAAAUGAUAUCAGUCGAUAAUCACAGUAAUUAAAUAUGUAUUGUCUGUCAGGCAAUAAUAGCAAAUUAUUUUGGCUGCAACUUGUCUUUCACUCAGUUGGGUGCUUUUAUCAAAUGGCAGAAAAAUCAAAAUCAAAGUUUGCCUCUGUCCCUCCUCCGUGUGAGCGAUGGCGGAAAGUACUCAGCGACUAAAAGCAAGCAAAUGCAUACACAACCACUGUUACCAACCUUUCCCUUUCUUCUGCAUUGUUUUUAUGAUUUCUUUUAAAUCAUAAUGCAUUUUUAUUCAGCCACUUCUGCACUAAAAUGCCUGACAAGGUCUUAACUAAGGGUGCACUUUAUGUAUUUUACUUACUUUGUUACGAUUGUUACAUUAGGAGUAAGUGAAAGUGGGCAAGUGAUCCGUCAGAUCGCUGAUCAGUGCUAACCAGACUACGACAGACACUUAUUAUGUGAAUUGCAAUGCAGUGGUGAGUGAUAAUGUUCAGAAUCUGGGAUGAUAUAUAAACUUUCUAGCACAAGAGGUAUGUAUUGGCUCAGAUAUUUCACUCUGUCCAGUUCAGGUUUGUUAGAUAGUUUGUCUGUUUAGAGAGGCGAAUCAUACUUAAGUAACUCCACCUCAUAAAAAUAUAUUCCUCUAACUCUGAAUCACUGGUUUUGACACCAUGUCCACUGGCACACGUCUUCUAAAUAAAUCGAACCUACUGCAACAACAAAAGCCUGAGAUUUCAGUAUCCAGGAGCUCUGUAAUUUGGAGUUUGAGUCAUAGAGAUGAUGAAUAAUGAAAAUAUUGAAGUAAUUUAUAUAUGUGGGAAUGAUUAUAGACUAUUUGUCUGUAACAUUUUAUUUUGGAUGUCUGAUAAAGAAUAAAUGGAGACAGUUGUCCUCAGUUUUACCUGCUACUGGAGAGAAGCCCUACUUAACUUUACAGAAAUGAAGGUAUAAACUGUAUUAUACUUAAUUUAAACAGGACUUUUUAAGUUGAGGUUAUUUGAGGGUGUAUGGUUUCAAGCUAUCUGUGUAUAUUAGUUCGCUGUAAAUAGUCUGAUGCAUGUUCUAUUCUUUCCAUGACCUCAAGCAGAAACAUGUAUAGCAGUGUCUCUGGUGUGUGUGUGUGUGGUACAACGUUUGGAUUAAGAUGAGGAGACUGCUAUCCCCCGAACUUAUCCUUGUCAUUUUCCCUCAACCACGCCAGACAAAAAAGUUCUUUUUAUUUUAUUUUAACAUAUUUGCUUGCUGAGCAGAGUUCUCUUGUCUGUAAAUGUGAGCUUUCAGAUCGCUGUGAAGUUUAAUUAAAAACAAUAAAAAAGAAUGUGUUUUUAUCUCAUGAUAACUGAUUGUAAUCUGUACAGUCGAACAUAUGUAUUGGAAAAAAGGAGAACAUAUUUAUAAAUGGUUACCAACUGAAA